AUGGCAUCCCUAACAUCAGACCAGAUCAAAGUGCUGGAGCAGUCCCGUCAGCGGCUCGUGCAGCUCACCCGCUCCCUGGGAUCGCUAAUCGCAAGCCUGAACCAAAGCGACCCUCUCCCACCAUGGUCCUCCCUCCAAUCCCAAGCCAGCAUCAUCUCAAAUAACCUCGUCUCUGUCUCCGAACACCUCUCCGACCACCGCGACCUCCUCUCUUCGCUAGUCGCCUACCCAGGCCCCGACUACCCAGGUCGCACACAAGCAAGCACACUUGAACAACUAUUAAGAACAAAACUUGAUCCCCGUGUCGAGGACUGGGUCGCGCGCGGCCGCGCGGCAGGGACAGAGCCACCGGCCCUGGACGCAUCCAACUUAAAUCCAAGCGCGGUGGCGGCGGCAGCACAGGCGCAGAAGCCACUCAGUGAAGCGGAACUGGCUGAACUAUGGGAGUGGGCCCCGAUUGAAGCGAACCAGGAAGCGAGGCGGCGGAAUUGGGGAGGGAAUUUCACACUGGAGGAGCGUGAGGCGGGAAUACAGAAUGUUGUGACGGGGUUGAAACGGCAGUUGGAGGAUGACGAGGGCUCCGAAGAUGAAGAGGAGGAGGAGGAGGAAGAGGCGGAGGAGUCCGGCGAGGAUGAGAUGGAGGUUGUCGGUGUGCAUCGCAAGUCUGGCGGCGAUGGCUUCGAAUUUGAGAUUGCUCAACAUCACGCGCAUGUUGUGGAGCCCGUUGUUCCUUUGGGGGAGAUUCUGAGGUACAUGACUACUGGGCGAAUGCAGUAG